AGCUAUUUAGUAUCAUUUUGGUGUUAUGCAUAGUUUGUUAUGUUUAUUUUAAACAUGCUUAUCGGUGUGUGGCAUACAGGCUUUCAUUUUACCUGAACAUCACAUUUAUAUAAUACGCUUAGUAAGUUUAACCAUUCAGGAUAAACAGGAAUUUACUUGAAAUGCUUUAGAAAUGUUAUAGUCUGUGGGUGGGCAGAAAGAGUAUAAUGCCAUUGUAGUCACUUCCUGUUGCCCCAUAACAUAUUGCCACCGAUCUGGCAGCUUAAAACAAUGCACAGUUGAGCCGCACCGUUAUGUGGUCAGGUGGAUUCCAACGAGCAGCUCCAGGGUGAGCUAAGGUUCAGCCAGGCCGGUCACGUGAUCGGGCACACUCCAGCGUGGAGCACCGCCACGCCACGCGAUGUAAGCUUCCCUGACACCGUGGCCAGUGCAUCUGGAUCCGCACACUCCGGCUGCAGCGCCACCAUGCGGCCGUAAGGUUUUCCCUGCAGCGGCCAGUGCAUCUGGAUCGGUGAGAUGCGGCCUAUCAGCCUACAGCUGGGCGAUUUGGUGUGGGGGCAACUUGGCCCAUAUCCUCCUUGGCAGGGGAAGAUUAUUAAUCCACCCGAGGAGCUGGAGAGACCCCACGGGAAGAAAUGGUGCUUUGUGAAGUUCUUUGGCAUGGAGGACCAUGCCUGGAUUGAACUGGAACAGCUGAAGCCGUACCAGGCACAUAAGGAAGAAAUGAUGCAGAAGACCAAGGGAAAGCUAUUCCAGCGAGCGGUGGAGGCCGUGGAAGAAUUCCCCGGGGCUGACAGAGAAAAAGACCAGACAUCCCACAGUUCUACCAAAGAUGGGGAUCAGCAAGAUUCCGGUGAGGAGAAAGGUAGGCUGAACUCAAGUGGCGGGAAGCGCACGCUUCGCCUAUUUGAAGGGAAGCCAAGGGAAAAACUCAGAGAAAGAAAUAAGAGGGUGUCAUCAGGCUCUUCAGAGAGAAGCUCUAAGUCCCUCCUGAAAAGAUCCCAAGAGCAGAGUGUCCAGAAGCGGGGUCUGUCCCCACAGGACGAGUAAGAUUCUGAGUCUACCCCUAUGAAUGGGAUGAUGGCAAUUGAGUGGCAGCCGAGUGCAAGCGGGCUCCUUAAAGACAUAGACCUUCAUUUCCACCACUUCCUGCUCAGCCAAACUGGGAAGCCAGAUAACCAUUACCAGGCAAUCAGAAAGAUGAUGAAAAUAUGUGAAGAGGAUACUGGGUCCAACUCCAUCCAGGCAGCAGACAGCACGGCCAUGAAUGGCGGCAUCACACCCACAGCCAAAAAGAUAGGCUUUUUGGGCCUAGGCCUCAUGGGAAGUGACAUCAUCUCCAACUUGCUAAACGCGGGUCAUGUGGUGACUGACUCUGGAAGAACCCCUGCUGAAGUCAUUUCUGCUUGUGACAUCACCUUUGCCUGUGUGCCAGAUCCAAAGAGAGCCGAGGAUCUGGUGCUGGGCCUCAGCGGCGUGCUGCAAGGGAUCCAGCCUGGGAAAUGCUGUGUGGACUUGUCAACAAUGGAUGCUGACGCCGUCACGGAGCUGGCACAGUUGGUUGUGUCGGGGGGCUGCUUUCUGGAAGCCCCCGUCUCCGGGAACCAGUCUCAUGAUGGGAUGCUAGUGAUCUUGGCAGCCGGAGACAGAGACUUAGAUGAGGACUGCAGCAGUUGCUUCUAGGCGAUGGGGAAGACCGCCUUCUUUCUCGGCAAGGUUGGCAAUGCAGCCAAGAUGAUGCUGAUCGUGAACAUGGUCCUGGGGAGCUUCGUGGCCACCAUCGCUGAGGGGCUGACCCUGGCCCAAGAGACAGGCCAGUCCCAGAAGACAUUCUUGGACAUCCUCAAUGACGGACAACUGGCCAGCAGCUACCUGAAUAAGAAGUUCCAACAUAUUCUGCAAGGAAACGUUGAGCCUGAUGUCUACCUGAAAUACAUUCAAAAGGAUCUUCGCUUAGCCAUUGCUCUGGGCAGUGCUGUCAAUCAUCCAACUCCUAUGGCAGCUGCAGCCAAUGAGGUGUGCAAAACAGCCAAGGGGCUGGACUAGUCUGAAAAGGACAUGUCUACUGUGUACUGGGCCUGUGUAUGCUAAGCCCCCCUUUCUCCAGUCUUAAUUCUUUUUUUAAACUUUCUUUAUUGAUUAAGGUAUUACAUGUAUCCUUAUUCCCCCAUUAC